GCUCCUCCUCCCCUCGACCUCAGUACCGCCCAGGGCCACACUCGGGGACACGCGCCUACUCGCCAUGUUCGGUCGACCAGCCAACCCGUACGACGAGGUCGUCGCCAAGGCGACCGACGAAAAGCAGACCGAGAUCAACUGGGAGGUCGCCCUCAACGUGUGCGACAAGGUCAACGACGACGGCGAGACCGGCGCCCGCAACUGCGUCGCCGCCAUCCAGAAGCGCUUCACGCACCGCAGUGCCAACGUUCAGCUCUUCUCGUUGACGCUCGCUGGCGCGCUCGUCAACAACUGCAGCGGCUCGCUCCACCGCGAGAUCAGCGGCAAGGCGUUCACCCAGGCCCUCGUGCGACUCGUCAAUGACCGCACGACGCACGACACGGUCAAGAAGGAGGCGCUCAAGCAGAUCGAGACGUGGGUCAAGGAGCACCCGAACAACACCGACUUCGACCUCCUCGUCGAGACGUACGAGUCGCUCAAGCGUCAAGGGCACAACUUUCAUCCCGAGCGCCCGCCGACGCCCAAAGGCCCCUCGGACGACCUUCUUCGUCGCGAGGAAGAAGAGCUGCAGCGCGCCCUCGCCGAGUCGGCCGCCCUCGCCGACCCUCGCCGCAACUACCAGCCCUCGUCCUCGUCCGCCCGAGCACGCUCGCCCUCACCCGCACCUUCCACCGCUCGCCCGUCCGCCUCGAACUGGGGCCCGAGCUUUGUGCGCGGCCUGUACGACUUUGAGGGCGAGUCGAGCGACGAGUUGCCGUUCAGGCGCGGCGACACGAUCCGGGUCCUCGAGAAGGUCAGCGAGGAGUGGUGGCGGGGCGAGCUUCGCGGCAGGACGGGCAUCUUUCCCACCAACUACAUCGAGGAGCUCCCCGAGGACUUUUCCCCGGCUGGCGGCGCCUCGCACGGCGCUGCCUCGGCGGCAACGGCGCCCAACCCGGACGCAGCCGAAGCCGAGAUCUUGGCGCAGGCGGCGGCGGUCGACAAGUUGCUCGCGCUCAUGCACCAGUUGCGCGCGAGGGGCGAGGACUUUGCCGACAACGAGGAGCUCACGGACCUGUACAACUCGAGCAUGGCGCUGCGGCCCAAGGUCGUCCAGCUGAUCCGCAAGUACGAGCAGAAGCAGGCCGACCUGCAGGCCAUGCACGAGAAGGUAGAUCGGGCUCGGGCGACAUACGAGCAGAUGGCGGGCAUGCACGCCUCGCACGGCUACGCUCAGCAGAACGGCUUCGCCUCGUCGUACCAGCAGCAGCAGCCCCACCCGUCCGCCGACCCUUACGGCCACCCUGGCGCCACGCACAGCGCCUCGCCCUACCACCAGCCUCCCUCGUCCUACCACCCUCAGCAACCUCCCCACGCCGUCCCUCCCCUCGCUCAGCAGCACCAGCCGCCGCCUCAGCACCAGCAGCAGCCGCAGUACCAGCAGGCGCCGCCGCCCGUCAGCGCCGAGGACGAGGCGCAGCGCGAGUACGAGCGCCAGAUGGCCGAGUACCAGCAGAAGCUCGCCGAGUACAACGCCCAGGUCGCGGCGCUCCAGGCGGCCGGCUCGCCCGCGCCGGCGGCGGCGGGACCUGCGCACUCGGGCGAGCACCAGCGCCCGGACGCGCAGCAGCACGCGCACCGUCAGGCGGAGCCGCAGCAGUCGCAGCAGGCGCAGCAGGCGCCGCAGCCGGUGUGGGACGCGCAGACGGGCGCGUGGGUCUGGCCUGCGCAGGCGGCCGCGCCGCCUCCUCCUCACGAGGGCGCGCCUGCGCCCGCGCUGUCGCCCGCCCCGGCCCAGGGCUACCCGUCGCAGACGCAGCCCUACGGCCCUGACCGCGCGGCGUCGCCGCCGCCGCCUGCGCACGGGCAGCAGCAGCAGCAGCAGGGCUACCCGCUCGCCGAGCACAUGGCGCAGCUGUCGGUCGGCGCCGGCUCGCCGCCUCCCGUCGGCGCAGGACACGCUCACGCGUACGUCAGGGCGCCUUACGGCGCGAGCGCGACGUCGCCGCCGCCCGUGCAGCACACGCAGCCGCAGCCGCACCCGGGCUCGCCGCACCAGCACGGCGCGCCUCCCGGCGCCGCACAGCCGGUGGCCGGCCCCUACUACGCGCAGCAGGGUGCGCCUCCCGCGCCGCAGCACCAGCAGGCCGACGAGCAGCAGGCGGCGUGGGCGGCGUGGCACUCGCAGCAGCAGCAGGGUCCGGGCGCAGCAGGGCCUGGGAGCGCAGGAGGACGUUGACGGCGCGCAGGCUUCCCGUUGCAGACAGUUCACUGUGUGCACUUUACGACUUUCCAGCCUGCU